CCAUUGGUCAACGCAGUGAGGCGAAACUAACCCUCGGCAAUUAGGACGUUUUCCGAUACGCGCUUAUAUAAGGUGGGGCGCGCGGUUGCGCCAGCUGCAGCUCGAGCCACUGCAAGCGUUGGAUUACUCGACCUACACAGGGUGACAUGAUCGCACAAGCGUUCUUGGUGUGCCUAUCGGCAGCAGCCGCUUCGGCUGGCGUUCUAGCUGGCUACGGAGGUCUCGGCUUGUUCGGGGGCCUCGGAAGCUACGGCUACGGAUACGGAGCGGCUUACGCGGCUCCAGUAGUAGCCAAAGCUCCCGUCGUUGCCGCCGCCCCUGUUGUAGCCGCUGCUCCUGUUGUGGCUAAGGCAGUUACUGUCGAUUUCAUCGCUCCUCAGUCCACCAAGUUCGGCUACCUGACGACCGACGGACAAGGCAACACGCAAGCACGCAAUGAGGUGUCGGACGCUUACAACCGCCGCGUCGGAUCCUACAGCUACCGGGACGCGCACGGCCUCACGCGAAAGGUCACCUACGUGGCCGACGCCCACGGCUUCCGUGCCGUGGUGAGCACCAACGAGCCUGGCACUGCGGCAUCGAAGCCAGCCGGUGCCGCCUACAACACACCGCCCAAGGGGCCAGCCGUGGUCGCCACGUCGGCGGUUGCCGCAGUACCGGCGGCGCCCGCUGUUGCUAAGGUAGCCACUGUUGCGGCGGCACCAGUCGUUGCAGCUGCUCCCGUGGUUGCGGCUGCUCCUGUCGUUGCCUACGGAGGCUUCGGCCAUCUGGGCGGCUUCGGCCACCUCGGCGGCUACGGAUUCGGCCACCUCGGAGGCUACGGUCACUUCGGAGGCUACGGUCACUUUGGCGGUCUCAGUCACUUCGGCUACGGGUUUCAUUAGGACUGUCGACUAAAUGUGACACUCUGUCCGCUGUCGAAUACCUCCACAGUGUCGAAACUCGGCAUCUUCUCUCCCUUGAGCCUGUCGCGGAACUUUAGUGCCUCUAUGGGAACAAUCGGGGAAUCACAAGACGUCGAAUUCGACAGCGCGGUGGCACUCAACAGCAUCCGGUAUGGAACACUGACGCGCAAUCAACAGACACUACCCAAACCUUCGAGACAUCUGAGACACAAUAGGUUAGUGAUAGUGAAUGCGAUUAGUUUUAAUGUGUAUUAGGAACGCCUUAGUCAAUAUAUGUUGACAUUUCUUCACACCAGGCUUUUCGAUAAGCUAGCUUCCGCUGCUUUACAAACUAGAAAAUGCUGAAAAUUGUUUGUUCAGUGAAUUUCCGUGCUCGCCUGAAAUUCGUCAAGCCUUUUGACUUCUGACAUGAAUCCGGGAAGCUUCUGUUUGUACAGCACAAUACCAACUCGGUCUCUUUCACUAGGCACUGUUUGGUUAUUAUAAAUCACAGGCAGGAAUGUUAAUUCUAUUUGUCACCGUGAACAUGAAAUGCAGAAUAUUCUGAAAGUAAACAGGGUGUAUCUGCGAUUUUUAACGUCUUAUACAGCGCAUAUCAAAUCAGUCGACAUUAAUUCAAAGCUGUGCGUCAGGUGAAAAAAUGUUUUAGAAGAUUCUUCUGUUCGUUGUUCUAAUCCGAAGUAAUUAGUUUCAGCAUUUUCUGUAACACUCAUGCUGCCUAUAAAGUAUUUGUACCUAGUGAAAACGUAUUUUGAAUAGUAAAAGUAUGCCUAAUUCGGCUUACUCCUCCAAUGCCACCACAUAAAAUAUUUUGCAAGUAUAGAAUGCACCCUUUACAAACAACAAUAAGAUAGUCACAGCACUGCACACACAUCUACAUUAAAUAAGAACCACGCACAAUACAUCGCACUUUAUGUAACAAUGCUGUCACAAUAAGCAUAUCAAUUAACUGAAGCUGAUGAUGCGACUGACAUCUUUACUACCACGAGACAGCAAUACGCUUGGCCAUCUUGCUUAAUAUGAACGCCCUUGAUCACCAUUCUAUGCCGCCUUGCCUGGUGCAGAGGCUCUGCAAAAGGCAUAAACGAGAACCGCACUUUAUAAAACUACAACAGCGCUUUGCUUAACUUUCACACAAGGCCUGUGGCCGCCUUUGGUUUUCUGCAUAAUAUAUCGUUAUAUAGAUCACUUCUUCAUGUGUUCAUUAACACCCUUCAUUAUUUCAAGUUCAACUUUUCAUGCAUAUCAUUAUUUGCACGCGACCUGGGUGCGUUUCAUCUCAUUCCCUGAACUAGUCUUCGCACUUUCUUCUCUACUCCCGAGCCCUGCGAUUUCACAAUUGACAUCUGGGCAAAGCCUUUAGGUUUAUUUGAUUGAACAUUAUUCUUCUGUGGUUGUGCGCAAACGUCCGUUUGGGCUAUGCCGUGCUGUAAUUGAACAAUGCAUAAGUACAAAUACUUGGCAAUCCUUCAACGCAGUAUUCGUUCGCACAAACAUGCGCUGUUAGGACGUUUAUCUUUGUUCCUUCAAGUGGGAGCAGCAAGAAAAGAUAUGAAUAAAUAUUUCACGAUAAGAAGCUGA